AUAAUGAAGAGCAAAGCGCAUGCAGCCUCAAUUGUCUUUCCGACAGGCCAACUGCAGUUCAUUCAUAAUGAAUGCCAAAUGGAUUUCGAUCGCACUUGUGUGCUUAGCAACACUACUGAGGAAUGAGGCCAUGGGGAAAUUGACAGGAGGGUUUGAAUGGAAUAAUCGUCAGUGUACGUGGACAGAAGGAUUUGUUGGAAAAAAGUCCCUAAACAGGCUGCUUAUUAUUCAAUGCAAGGCGACACCAAACUUACACAGCAUAUUUUGCCAGUACAAAGGCAAUCCACACUCUUGUGCAUGGUACAACCAAAACCACCAGGCAGAUUUCUACCGAUGCCUAGCGAAUGUACUGAGCGGAGACACACAAAAUUUGUGUAAUCCCAACACAGUCGUGUGCGACAGGUGCCCAGACGUGGUAUUCGAGCAGUAUUGACACUUUCAACAACGUCGACGUCCCGCCUCUGAGAAGAACAUUGACAACAGUUAUGGCCGACUUGGAAGGAUCUGUUUAUGACAACAUCGUUGACACUUACUAGACAUAUAUUAAUCACUGCUGUUAACUUUCCGUUUUGCUUAAUAUAAUUCUGAAUCUUCUUUAGGCUUUUUUUAUGUCUUUCUAUAUAUGUAUACAUAUUCUUCUAUUUCACAAACUUUAAAAACGGUCAAUACA